CUUGUUACAUUCGCGCGGCUUUUUCUCCCAGGGCAAGAGAGAGGAGAGGAGGGGCUGAGCUGUGCUGUGCUGCACCGUUCAGCUGCUCACCUCUCACUGAAUCCCGUCUCCACCUUUCAUCCCUCAACUUGUCCCACGUAGGGAUGGAUGAGUUCCACCGCCGUCGGACCUUGUAAAGUAUCAGACCAAUGCGUCUGAACUGGGGGACCGACAGUCACUGGAGGGUCUUUGGGCGUCGGUGAUGUUUGCAAUUGGUGACUGCAGAAACUGCCAACGUGUCGGCGAGUCGACAGACCACAGCUUACUUGUGCGCUCUUGGAGUGGGAGAAUGGACAUGUGAAUGAGAACGAUUUCCCUCGGCGGCUACAAUAACUGUUUUGGUUCUUUUAGUUCACAAAUCGUCACAAAGUCUCACAAGUGAAAACAGGAUUGAUGAGAUUCUUUUUCUUUUUUUCUUUUUUUGUUUCUGCUUGAGGAGGAAUUCAUGCGCCGAUAGCUCACGAGGCCAAUAUGCCAGAAUGGGUCCUCUACAGUAUUUAUUUCUCUGUGGACUUCUGCACACCCAGACCUAUGGGUCUCGUCUUCGCCAGGAAGACUUCCCUCCCCGCAUUGUGGAACACCCUUCUGACCUCAUUGUGUCCAAGGGGGAGCCAGCCACUCUCAACUGUAAGGCAGAGGGUCGUCCACCGCCUACGGUGGAAUGGUACAAAGACGGGGAGCGUGUUGAGACAAACAGGGAAAAUCCCCGUUCCCACCGUAUGCUGCUUCCCAGUGGGUCCCUCUUCUUCCUGCGCAUCGUUCAUGGACGACGGAGCAAGCCAGAUGAUGGCAUCUAUGUUUGCGUGGCCCGAAACUAUCUGGGGGAGGCCAAAAGCCGGAACGCGUCUCUAGAAGUAGCACUGUUGCGUGAUGACUUCAGGCAGAAUCCACAGGACGUGGUUGUGGCAGUUGGAGAGACUGCCAGUUUUGAGUGUCAGCCGCCACGUGGGCAUCCGGAACCAACCACCUUCUGGAGGAAAGAUAAAACUCGUCUUGACCUCAAGGACGACAGGAUCACAGUCCGUGGAGGAAAGCUGACCAUCUCAAAUACCAAGAAGAGUGAUUCAGGGAUUUAUGUCUGCGCGGCAGCCAACAUGGUUGGGGAGAGAGAUAGUGAAAAAGCUCAGCUCUCAGUUUUUGAAAGACCAGUGUUUGUGCAACGGCCAGUGAACCAGGUGGUCUUAGUUGACGAGAGCGUAGAGUUCAGGUGUCAAGUCCAUGGUGACCCGCCGCCUGUGCUGCGAUGGAAAAAAGAGGAUGUGGAUAUUACUCGUGGCAGGUAUGACAUUAGAUAUGAAAAAGACGACUUCCUUUUGAGGAUAAAGAAAGCAUCAGUGAUUGAUCAGGGAACCUUCACGUGCCUCGCAGAGAACCGUGUGGGUAAAGCGGAGGCCUCCGCCUAUCUGACUAUCAGAGCUCGCCCCGUUGAGGCACCUCAGUUUGUGGUGCGUCCCCGUGACCAAAUAGUCGCUCAAGGACGAACAGCAACCUUUCCCUGUGAGACCAGAGGAAAACCUCAACCCACAGUCUUCUGGCAAAGAGAAGGGAGCCAGGAUCUUCUUUUCCCCAGUCAGCAAGCACAAGGAGACAGCCGAGUGUCUGUGUCUGUGAAUGGAGAGUUGACCAUCUCUCCUGUACAGCGCUCAGAUGCGGGGUACUACAUCUGCCAAGCCCUCACUGUGGCCGGAAGCAUCAUGGCCAAGGCCCAGCUUGAAGUAGCAGACGCCCUGAAGGACCGCCCACCACCGAUCAUCCGGCAGGGCCCAUCCAACCAAACUCAGGCUUUGGGAGGCAUGUCCCUACUCAGGUGUCAGGCGUCUGGGGACCCAGAGCCUACAAUCACUUGGCGGAAGAAUGGAGCCAACCUGCUUGGAAAGGACACAAGGUUUUCCCUUCUGGAACAUGGCAGCCUUCAGAUCCAGAGUACCAGGCUGUCUGACUCAGGGCUGUAUACCUGCGUUGCUACCAGCUCCAGUGGAGAAACAUCGUGGAGUGCCUACUUGGAUGUCAGAGACGCUACUGACCUCGUUGACUUCAUAUCUCACAAUUCGACCGCCCUCCCAGGGCCUCCCUCCAAACCCGAGGUUACUAAUGUUACCAAGAGCAGUAUCUCGUUGUCAUGGAAACCGGGACCAGAGGGGGGCUCCCCAGUGUCCUCCUAUGUCAUUGAGGCUUUUGGUCAGUCAGUGAGUAACAGCUGGCAGACCGUGGCAGAUCAUGUGAAAACCACAGAGUUCACAGUCAAAGAUCUACGACCCAAUACCGUCUACUUGUUCAUCAUCAGGGCAGUCAAUGCUCAAGGGCUCGGGGAUCCGAGCCCAAUGUCUGAGCCCGUUCGCACUCAAGACAUUAGUCCUACAGCACAGGGAGUGGACCACCGUCGUGUGCAGAAAGAGUUGGGGGAUGUUGUAGUCAACAUGCACAAUCCUGUUGUCCUCAGCUCCACUUCAGUGCAGGUCACCUGGACUGUGGAGAAUCCAUCCAAGUUUAUCCAAGGCUACCGUGUUUUGUACCGGCAAACUUCAGGGCUGCCCUCCCCAGGGCCGUGGCAGAUACAGGACUUGAAGGUUGCCUCAGAGAGGGACAUAACUCUCUCUGGUCUGAAGAAAGGCAUUGUAUAUGAGAUUAAAGUGCGGCCGUAUUUCAAUGAAUUUCAGGGCGCCGACAGUGAAUCCAUGACAGCACGCACCAUGGAAGAAGCACCAAGUGCGCCUCCACAGCAAGUGACAGUGCUGACAGUGGGAAACCACAACAGCACAUCCAUCAGUGUAUCCUGGGACCCUCCUCCUUCUGACCAACAGAAUGGCAUCAUACAAGAGUACAAGAUCUGGUGUUUGGCCAACGAAACUCGCUUUCAUGUCAAUAAGUCUGUGGACGCGACCAUCCGUUCAGUGGUAGUUGGGGGUCUGCAGACUGGAGUGCAGUACCGUGUAGAGGUGGCUGCAGGCACCAGCGCAGGGGUGGGGGUCAAGAGCAUACCCCAGCUCAUCACUUUGGGUGCAGAACUGAGGGACGUAAUGACAGGAUCGGACAGCAACAACAGCAUCUCAGAUGUGGUGAAGCAGCCGGCCUUCAUCGCUGCUUUGGGAGGGGCUUGCUGGAUUGUCCUCAUGGGCUUCAGUGCCUGGUUGUACUGGAGGAGAAAAAAGAGGAAAGGACUUAGCAACUAUGCAGUUCAGUCCUUCACCUUCACUCGAGCAGUGACAUUCCAAAGAGACAGAGGCCUGAUUCGCAAUGGAAGCCGUCCAGGGUUGUUAAAAGCAGGUGAUCCAGGCCUCCCCUGGUUAGCUGACUCCUGGCCUUCCACAAGUCUCCCAGCUAACGGGGGCUUAGGGAGUCCAAAAGGCGGCAGCAACUUUGGCCGAGGAGAUGUUUUACCGUCUGCAGCGGUGGAGAAAACUGGUACCAUGCUGUCUGAUGGUGCCAUCUACAGCAGUAUCGACUUCAUGGGGAAGGCAGGCUACAGCAGCCCAGCACGAGGCACUCAGCCCACCCCCUAUGCCACCACUCAAAUACUUCAGUCCAAUAGUUUCCACGAGCUGGCGGUGGAUAGGCCAGAUCCCCGCUGGAAGGCUUCUCUUCAAGCCCAGCAGGAAAUAGCAAACCUGGGCUACUCGCUAACUGACAGACGCCCUGGCAGUGGUGCAAAGGCUGGGAAGAAAAAGAAGCUAAAAAGUGGAACAAAAACCUCUAAAUCAAAUGGGACAUGUUGGGCUAACAUGCCUCUGCCACCACCACCCAUGAACCCCCUGCCUGGGACUGAGGUUGACCUUGACUGUUACCCCCAGGAAAAUCAUGGAGGAGGAUAUGACAACGGAAGCUGGGCACCACCAAUGUCUGUCCAGACCUACCGCCAUCAGAAUUUGGAAAAUGAAGUAGAGGAAGAGAGAGGUCCCACUCCUCCCCUGAGAGGAAGGUCCUCCUCCCCAGCAGCAGCUACUUUUAGUCAGCCUUCAUCGUCCUCUCUCAGUUCUGCCCACCAUGAAGAAAUGCAGUCCAUCUUGCAGGCUCACUUGGAUGAGCUGACUAGAGCCUACCAGUAUGAAGUGGCCAAGCAGGCAUGGCAUAUGAAAACCAGUCCAAACGUGUCCAACUCCCCAAUCGACUUCAUGUCUAGUACACUGGGUUCUGAUUUGGGAACCACUCUCCUUUCUGAAGACGAGGAGGAAGAGGAGGAGGAGGAUGAAAGAUAUGCUGUGGUGUCAAAGAAUUUGUGUGGCUUUGAAUACACUCCUGGUCACAGCAUGGAUAACCUUGAGGGCUCAGGUAAGGCCUCUGAGCAGUGUCUCUCAGACAGCUUUGGCACAGCAGACCAUGGUACACAAGGCUCGCAUAGCCUUGGACACAAGAGGGCGCCACUCACUGCUAACAAGCCUCAGACAGACAAGGUUGGAACUCUUCCCAGACGAAGAGACGCUAACACAGACGCCCACACACCAGCCAUGAAGUCCCUGCACGGCAUGGGUUCCCACAUGCACAGUUCGUGGGCAGCUGCUCCCUCAGACCCCUCUGAGGAGUGCAUGGUGAGUGUGUCCACGCUGGAGCGGCAGCAUAUGGCAUCCUGGAGUGGCACGACAUCAUCCAGCAGGGCCACCCUGAGUAGGGGUUCAAACAAGAGAGCUGGCAUAGAACCCUCCCACAACGGGCAUCCUUCCACAAACGGCACAGAGAAAAGGGAACACUAGUUUAUGUGAAGCAUCAUUCCCCGCAGUUGCUGCCUGUCCCAGGACACCUUGUUUAUAAGCGCUAUGAGAUUUUUCUCUGCGAGUGACACUGUAUGUUUGGAAAAUGGAGACAGAAUAAAGACAAAGAAGCAAAAUUGUGCAGGAUAAAAUGCAGAGCUGUAAAUGUCAUGUACAGACACAGACACCACUCUCACAGUGUUAUUUUCAUCCCCCUCUUCAAAAGAGUAAACAGUGCGUUAUGUGUCCGCUUCUAUUUUCUGUCACAUGGUGUACAACAAUUCACACAGUGGAGAUGAGGAAGAAAACACACAACUAACAAAAUGACUAAUGAUUCAAAUGAAAACGGACUUGCAUAAUUUGUAAAUAGAUUUUUUAAUGUUUUUCUCUUUCUUUUGCUUUGCUAUGCAAGCCAAACCCAAUGUUGUCUUUUUUUGUGAUUUAUUACCAUGAGUCCUUUUUUUCAUUAAUGCUCAAACUGUUAGCUUGUUUUGAUGAAGCUACUGUAUCAUUGUAUUUUUGCACAGAGCAUUUUGGUGAAAAUAAGCACAAACCCAUUGUCAGCUAAGCUGAGGAGGAGAAUCAUAAUGGCAAAGAGGGGAAUCGAGAACAUAAACAAAAAGACAUGUAUACUUGGCUGUGCUGUAUUUUUUGUUUUUUUGAGAAAUGUUCAUCUAUUGAGAAUUAUGAGGCAAAAAACACAGGCGAAAACUAAUAUGCCAAAAUAACUAACUGUGUUUCAUACUUCUUUUGCUGGGAAACCUAUUAUGCAUUAUACUAAAAAUGUUUCUCAACAAAUGGUUAAUAGAAGAUUUUGUAUGGUAACCAAGUAACACAUCAGCUGUGAUAUCCAAAGCAAACACAAAUGGAAAUAUACUUCUCUGCCAUUCCCAGCAUUAAUCUCUUAAUACAUAUUUAUAUAUAUAUAUCUGUUCCUUUUACAGUUACAUCCAGUGACAUGAUGAUAGUGCAAUAUUUAAAAAUACAAUAUGACAGUUUGUGAAAUGAGAAGAUGACAGGAAUUUGGAGCAGGUCACCUAUAAUGCAUUGGAUAGAUUAAUUAAAAAUGUCCAAUGUCACUUGUAGAGAAAUAGGAUGUUUUAAUGACAUGUGUUUAUGAUGUUAAACAUCAAAGAAAUGAUACUGUUCAAAUUUGUUGUUAUGAACGACAGAGCAGAAUGGUUAUGGAUUUCCACUAUCAUCAACAUGUAUAGACUUGAAUGACUGCCAAAUUGAAAGAUGUUUUGUAAAGUUUUAAAAAAAAUACAGCCAAUUAUCAUUUUCUGCCAGUGAGAUUGGGAAUGUGAUGUCUUUACAUUUGUUUGGAUGGUUAUGUUCUGACCGUUGUUCUGGUAAUGGCUCUCCCUAUGAAGAAUCUUUAUGCCAGAUUGGUUUGCCCUCAGGAAUACACAGCCACAUACAGUAGGGCCAUUUUUUUUUCCAAUCCUAUGAUGCAAAAUAAAAUGUGUAUGUGAAAAUUAA